AUGGGCCAGAGGCACAACAGACGUCGCACUCGUCCUCGCUCCCGCAAUAGCAACCAGCUACCGCAUGAUAAAGACACAGCCACGGCUACUCCCGUCUUCCCGGGUCCUGGUGCUCCAUUAGCGGUCCCUGCUUCAUCCAUCUGGAGCCCCCAGCUCACCUACGCCGAACCUAUCCCCGUCUCUGCUGCAUACCCAUGCCCUUCACGUGGACCUCCGGGCCUUGGAACCCCCGCCCCGCUCUGGCAUUAUGGGUAUUCGACCUGGCGGACCCGUGAAGGCGUGCCGGACACAAGCAGCACGGUAGAGACGGCGCAGUGUCGAGUGUUCGGCGGCGAGCCGGGCGACGAUGUGGCGUUGUGCGAGCGCAUGCUGGAGUAUUUUGGUGGACUCGACUAUAUCGACUCGUGA